AUCAGUGGAGGGAGGCGUUGACUCAAGCUAAGAGCUGCUGCCGACGCAUGAACCUUCCUUGAGCUCUGCGCACUAUUAAUGAGCCAGAAGGCACAGAAAUGUCAGGGAAGAGUUUCCGUGUCAGCGACGGGGACUGGAUUUGUCCCGAUAAAAAGUGUGGUAAUGUGAAUUUCGCUAGAAGAACAAGUUGCAACAGAUGUGGUAGAGGUUUUGUGUCAACAGAGAAAACCACUGAGGCCAAGAUGAUGAAAGCAGGAGGAACAGAAAUUGGGAAAACUCUGGCUGAGAAGAGCAGAGGCCUCUUCAGUGCAAAUGAUUGGCAGUGCAAAACAUGUGGAAAUGUGAACUGGGCGAGACGAUCAGAGUGCAACAUGUGCAAUACUCCCAAGUAUGCCAAGCUGGAAGAAAGAACAGGUUAUGGUGGAGGUUUCAAUGAAAGGGAAAACGUGGAAUACAUAGAACGGGAGGAAUCUGAUGGUGAAUAUGAUGAGUUUGGUAGAAAAAAGAAAAAAUAUCGUGGGAAGAGUAACAGUUCUAGUUCAACAAAAGAAACUGAAAAGAAAGAAGUACCAAAAAAUGAUGAGGAGGAAGAAGAAGAUGAUGAAGAUGGCGACCUGUCAAAAUACAAACUGGAUGAUGAUGAGGAUGAUGAAGAUGGGGAUCUGUCAAAGUAUGAUCUCAUUGCCAGUGAUGAGGAUGAAAAGCCAGCCCAGAAAAGCGGCAGCCGCUCUGGUUCCUCACGCUCUUCCUCGCGCUCUUCUAGCUCCAGCUCUCGGUCGAGGUCCAGGUCCCGUUCUAGAAGCUCUUCCAGUUCCAGAUCUGGAUCUCGUUCGAGAUCUCACUCCAGAUCGAGCUCCAGGUCUGGGAAGGGCUCCUCUCCCCAGAAGAGGUCCUGCUCAUCGUCCUCCUCACCCGAGAGGGGACAGAAGCGCAGUCGCUCCAGGUCCUCAUCUGGAGGGAGAAAACGAAGACGCUCUAGAUCACAUUCGUCCGAAAGGUUUGGGUUUAAGUGGAAUACCACGAUGGCACUGAUUAUAAUUAGCCCUCUGUUGGAUCGCUUAUGGGAAAUCAGAUUUACAAAGUUAUGCUCACAUUUGGCCAUGGUGUAAUGCUUUUUAAAUCUGUUAAACUUGCUUCAUGUGUACAUUAUGUGCCAAUAACUGACUUUGCUGACCUUGUUCUUCCCACGAUGUUUGUGUGAUUUCAGGGGCAGUAGCCAUUCGUCUGGAUCGUCCCACUCUGGCUCCAGUUCUAAAAAGAAAUAGCUUUCUUACAGCCUUGUAGACCAGUAAAGUUUAGUGGAAGUGCAUGUCGUGUUGCAAAAACCACCACCAUACACCUUCAAUAUGCUCUUCAUUGUCAUAACCUCUCACACGUCUUGCUUCUAACCGUCAAGAAAAGCAGGCGACAUGAAAUUGCAGUCAUGUGCUCCUUUAAAAAAAAACAUAUCUGGAGUGUUUAACUAUAGAUGUCCAAUAAAAAAAUGUUUGUUCCUAAUGGGAUAAAAUGAUUACAUGUGAAGGGUGUAUUCCCAUUUAAAACCCAUUCUGCCUAUUCUCUUCAUGAGAGCAUCUAGCUCUGCUCAUGUGGAGGAACUGGAGCAACGUUUUCUUCUUUUGUUUUUUUUAUAAAGUACCAUUUCUAACCAACAAUUUAGGGUAGAUGAAACUUGGCUAUAAUUUGGAUUUCUUUUUUUUUUUGAGGGGGGGGUUCAAGGUAAGUAUAAAUUUUGACAUUGUUUUAAUUGAAUAGAUUUUACAUUCUUGGGUUGGGGUUUAGUUUUAAGUGUACUUGUUUCCCCCUUCACACGGUUGUGGUCUUGUUUUCUUUGUACGAAAUUAUUUCCCUGCUCUUGUCACUUGAGACACACUGUUUUUCUGCUCCAGUUCAGUGUUGCACAAACUGCUAAAAGUUGAUAAAAAUGUGACAUCCGAGUCUUUUUAGUAGUAAAAUGACUAAAAUGUACACAUGUAAAUAAAAACUUGUCAACCUUG